GCGCCUUUCGCUAGGGUUUGUCCCUAACAACAGAUUCGGAGUUCACAUUUUUUGGUUCAGAAGCUCAAAGCUCGUGCAUGCUGCUGUUGUAGAGACUGUUAUCUUUCUGCUUCCGCCUUCACCAGCAGCCAUCAUACACUGCUUCUUCCCGGCAUCGAUAUCUUCCCCCUUUGCGUCCAUUGAAGUCGACGUACCCCGCACAGGAAGUCCGCACUCAGCAACAAUCGAGACUGAAGUGUGAAAAGGAGGAUCAUUGAUCACCAUGGCUACCACAACUAGGACAACCCAGCACGCCCUAAGAAGCCUUCGUACUGCCUCUUCAACCCGCCCUUAUGCUUCCUUCACCCUCCGGACAUACGCCUCCGCCGCCGAGCCCGACCUCAAGGCCACGCUCCAGUCCGUGAUUCCCGAGAAGAGAGAAUUGCUCAAGCAGGUCAAGAGCCAUGCCGACAAGAAGAUUGGAGACAUCACUGUCGGCCAAGUUAUCGGCGGGAUGAGAACAAUGAAGUCCAUGGUUUGGGAAGGCAGCGUGUUGGACGCCAAUGAAGGAAUCCGUUUCCACGGCCGAACCAUCGCCGACUGCCAAAAGGAGCUUCCAAAGGGCACCUCUGGGACCGAGAUGUUGCCUGAGGCCAUGUUCUGGCUCCUUUUGACCGGCAAAGUCCCUUCUACCUCCCAAGUCCGAGCCCUGUCACGCGAAUUGGCCCAGAAGUCAGACCUGCCGCCCCAUGUCGUUUCCAUGCUCCGCUCGUUCGACAAGAAUGUCCAUCCAAUGACCCAGCUGUCAUGUGCCGUUGCCGCUCUGAACACCGAAUCCACAUUCGCGAAGAAGUAUGCCGAGGGUAUGAACAAGGCGGACUACUGGGAGCCUACCUUUGAUGACAGCAUCAGCCUCCUGGCCAAGCUGCCUCGAGUGGCUGCGGCCAUCUUUGACAAAGCUGCCCUCGACAUGCCCUUGGACCUUGACCAAGAUUGGGCCUACAACUUUGCUAAGCUCCUCGGGAAGCCAGGAAAGGAAAAUGCAGGGUUCCAGGACUUGCUUCGUCUCUAUCUUGCCCUCCAUGGUGACCAUGAGGGUGGCAAUGUCUCGGCUCACGCGACUCACCUGGUCGGCUCCGCUCUUUCUGAUCCGUUCUUGUCGUACUCUGCUGGUUUGCUAGGUCUGGCCGGACCUCUGCAUGGUCUUGCUGCCCAGGAGGUGCUCCGCUGGAUCCUGAAGAUGCAAUCGCAAAUCGGUGAGAACUUCUCCGACAAGGACGUCAGAGACUACCUUUGGUCUACUCUUCGCUCCGGUCAGGUUGUUCCGGGUUACGGACACGGUGUGCUCCGCAAGCCUGAUCCGCGCUUCAAGGCCUUGAUUGAUUUCGGCGAUGCCCGUGAGGAUAUUGCGAAGAACCCCGUGUACCGGCUGGUCAAGAAGAACAGCGAGAUCGCACCGGGCGUGCUGACCGAACACGGCAAGACCAAGAACCCUCAUCCGAAUGUGGACAGUGCCUCGGGUGUCCUCUUCCACCACUAUGGUUUCCAGGAUCCCUUGUACUACACUGUUACUUUCGGAGUCAGCAGAGGUCUUGGGCCUUUGGCUCAGUUGAUCUGGGAUCGUGCUCUCGGCAUGCCGAUUGAACGACCUAAGAGUAUCAAUCUCGAAGGUCUCAUGAAAUUGGUGUAACUUUGUCUGUCUAGCAGGAAUCGUUGUACAUAAACUUGCCUUGUCUACGCGGAUGGAUCGGCGUCCUUCAGUCUGUUCUGUUCAGACAGCAGGGCGCUUCUCAAAAUGAUAGUAAAAUUCCAGAAUCGAGUACUUCAAACUGCA